GGGGUAUAGAUGUUUUUGUCCAAGUACAGGUCGAUAUCUUAUUUCUAUUGAUGUCUCAUUUCAUGAAAAUACACCAUUUUCAUCAUCCAAGACAGAUAUUCAUGAGGACAACGAUGAAAUACUCAUUUACACAGUUACUAUACCUGAGACCACACCUUCAGUAACUAUGUCGAAUGUCACUGUUCCUCACCCUAGACCUCCUGUACACUUGGUUUACACCCGUCGACACAAAGCACAAGAUCACUCCCCACCUGUGACACCUGUGAUUACAUAUCCUGAUACUGGUCCGACUUCGAUCUCAUGUCCUGAACCAGUACCUGCAUCUUCAGAUCUUGUCUCUACAUCUGAUCUUGACCUCCCGAUAGCACUACGUAAAGGUACACGGUCUUGUACUCAUCCUAUUUCCUCAUUUGUGUCAUACAGUCAGUUAUCUCCUGCCUCAUGUUCUUUUGUUACUUCCAUUGAUUCUAUUUCUGUUCCCAAAUCUGUUAAAGAAGCUUUGUCUCAUCCUGAAUGGCGUCAUGCCAUGGUAGAGGAAAUGAAUGCUUUGGAUCUUAAUGGUACUUGGGAUUUGGUAUACUUGCCUUCAGGGAAGAAGUCUAUUGGAUGUAAGUGGGUCUUUGCUGUUAAGGUUAAUCCAGAUGGAUCUGUUGCUCGAUUGAAAGCUCGAUUGGUUGCAAAGGGUUAUGCUCAAACCUAUGGUGUUGAUUAUUCUGACACUUUUUCUCCUGUUGCUAAAUUAACAUCUGUCAGGUUACUUAUCUCACUCGCUGCAACUCAUGAUUGGCACUUACACCAGUUGGACAUUAAAAAUGCAUUCUUACAUGGUGACCUUCAGGAGGAAGUUUAUAUGGAGCAACCUCCGGGAUUUGUUGCUCAGGGGGAGUAUGGAAAAGUUUGUCGACUUCGCAAAUCUCUUUAUGGUCUGAAACAGAGUCCUCGUGCAUGGUUUGGGAAAUUCAGUCAAUCCAUUGAACGGUUUGGAAUGAUAAAAGGUCAAUCAGAUCACUCUGUCUUUUACAGAAAAACGAAAGCAGGUAUCACAUUGCUUGUGGUGUAUGUCGAUGAUAUUGUGAUUACAGGAAGUGAUACCGCAGGUAUUUUGGCCCUUAAGAAUUUUCUUCAUAGCCAAUUCCAAACAAAAGACCUAGGCUCAUUGAAAUACUUUCUGGGUAUUGAGGUAACACGGAGUAAGAAAGGCAUAUUUCUAUCUCAGCGUAAAUAUGUACUUGAUUUACUAACUGAAACAGGGAAAUUGGGAGCAAAGCCAAACACAACUCCCAUGGUUCCCAAUGUGCAACUCACUUCAGAAGGCAUACCAUUCGAAGACCCAGAAAGGUACAGAAGAUUGGUUGGAAAGCUUAACUAUCUCGCAGUCACUCG